CGUAGUGACGUUCUCACCGUGCGCCGGAAGUGCUGACAAGUCCGGGAAGAUGUCUUUUGUGUUCAUGCCGGAGAAGCUCCGCGGGCGAGUGCAGAUCCCGGAGGAUAACGUGCAGCGGCUGCUGGAAGAGAACGAUCAGCUCAUCCGCUGCAUUGUGGAAUAUCAGCAGAAGGGGAGGGCGGCGGAGAGUUUACAGUACCAGCAGAUUCUCCACCGAAAUCUUAUCUACUUGGCUACAAUUGCAGAUUCCACCCCCUCACAACCUGAAAAACAGACCACGUGACUCUACAUGCGACCUUUGCUGACGUCAAGAUAUUGAUAUCGCACCCAAGGAUGUGCUGCUUCCAUAGCAGGAUACAGAAGCGCAGUUCCAGCUUUACUCACUGGGUGGUGCUAGAUCCCAUCCCAGCAUGUUCUGCACACGGCCCAGUCCGCUUUGUAGUGCGGACCUAAUAUUGUACCAAUUAGACGUUACAGUGAGAUUCUGUUUUGUGUCCAAAUGUUUUUUUU